CACUCAUCAGGCGGCGAUCGUUUCAGCGGUUUCCAGAUGAAUGCUCUUCUCCAGGAGGCGUUGUUGUCGACCAAGCACAUCAACCAUGCAGCUAUUGUGCGGCGCAAGGAUGGCUCGAUCAAGGCCAAAUCUCCUCAAUUCGUGAUGACUGCCCAAGAUCUGCAAAAAAUCGUCACUGCUUUUGACAGCCCACGCGAAGUGCGAACAUCAGAAAACGGCAUCACGCUCAUGGACAUGGGAUACCGAGCCGUGCGAGCGGACACCCUAUCUAUCUACGCGAAGAAUGACCGUAGCGGAGUCAUCAUAUGUCGGACGUACAACCACUAUAUAAUCGGCACGUAUGACGGGAGCAUGUACGCCUCGGUCGCUGCCGAGGCAGUAGAGAAGCUUGCCGAGUACUUUCGGAAGAAGAACAAGUAG